CUUCUGUACUCCCUAUUCUCGGCCGCUAUAUAUAACACAUCAUCGCACCACAGCUAGAACUCACAACGUAGUUUAUUUGAUUCUUAAUCCCCUUGUCUGUGCUAGUUGCUUCUCUUCCCUUUCAGUUCUGCUCCUUCUUGGGCUCGUAUUACGCAACAAAUGUCUUUUGAUCCCAUCGAGACACACACCCCUUUGUUUCUUUGGCGUUCAUUCUGUUUUAUGAGCUCUAGCAGGCUGUGGAGGAUUUUAUUCCGGCAUUGGACUUGACGUACCCACUGGUUUGAAGCUUGCGUUUUUUGUUUGUUUGCUUUGCAUUUUCAUUACGUUUAUUGUGAAAAGAAUAUACAGUGAAAACAGUAGUGUCUAGUUACUGCAAGUAAGUGUACCUGGUUCUAUUAGAGUGUUGGGAUUGUUAAUUGUUGUUGGAGGGUGUACCUUUGAAGACAUUCCUAAUGGCCAGAAUGUUCCUUCCUCCUGGUUUUCGCUUCCAUCCUACUGAUGAUGAGCUAAUGCGGUACUACCUCAAGAGGCAAGUGAUGGGAAAGAAAUCUGCUUUUGAUGCUGUUACUGAGCUAAACAUCUAUCAGUACUCUCCGUGGGAUCUUCCAGAUAAAUGUCUCCUUAAAAGUAGGGAUCUUAAGUGGUACUUCUUCUGCCCCAGAGAGCCGAAAUAUACAACAGGGGCAAGAGCGAAUCGUGCAACUAAAACUGGAUUUUGGAAAGCCACUGGUAAAGAUAGAUGUGUAACCUACAAACAGAGGACAAUUGGAAUGAUUAAGACACUUAUUUUUCAUAAGGGUCAUGCACCAAAAGGGGAACGAACUGACUGGGUUAUGCAUGAAUACCGACUAAAGGAUGAAGAGUUGGUUGAUGUAGUUCAGGAUGCUUAUGUGCUUUGUAGAAUUUUCCAGAAAAAAGGCCUAGGCCCACAAAAUGGCGCGCAGUAUGGAGCACCAUUCAACGAGGAUGAAUGGAAUGAUAUAGAAGAAGAAAGCCAAACCUUUGUUAACAAUGUGCCACAGAGUAGCAUUCUCAAUUCCGAUGCAAUUAACUUGCCUGUUCCUGUGAACUCUUUGGUCAGCUAUGUACCUGAACCGGAUCCUUUAUCAGAAGGGCCUCAGAACAUUGAUAUGCAGCCUAUCAUGAAAGAAGUAUGUGUAGUAUCAUCAGCAGUUGAGUCGCACAUGUUACCUAAUUAUGUGCCACCUGGUAUUAUAGGAAGUUCGGCUGCAACGCACAUGAUCCCUGGGAACUCAAACAUGUGGUCUACAUCUGGUCCCUCUGCUCCUGGACCUUUAGACACGGGCAUGCCUAUUUUGUUGAAUCCUGACAGUGAUGUUCUCGCAUCAUUAGACAUGUUCACAGAAGAUAUCAAUAUGCUUCCUGUUGAAAGAAAAGAGAAGUCCGACUUAAGUGGACAAUUACCCCAACUGCACGAAAAUGACAUCUAUGAUAUCAUUGGGGACCUGGAUGACUGGAUAGAGUUGGGGGACACUGGAUUAAACAUCUCAUCAUAUCAUGAUGCCGACUAUGAUCUGAACCCAGUGCUAAUGGGUGAAGAAGCACCCUUUUUGGAGCUUAAUGAUCUCCGCACCCCAAUAAGAUGUCCUCCUGAAGAUGUUGAUGUGGACCGGAUGUGGACCGACAGGGGAUACACAGCUCCCACCCAUGACAUGAGUAUUGGGUUGGAUAAAUGUUAUUCUGAAGGUGCUAAUGGAUUAAACAUCUCAUCAUAUCAUGAUGCUGACUAUAAUCUGAACCCAGUGCUAAUGGGUGAAGAAGCACCCUUUUUGGAGCUUAAUGAUCUCCGCACCCCAAUAAGAUGUCCUCCUGAAGCUGUUGAUCUGGACUGGAUGUGGACCAACAGGGGGUACACAGCUCCCACCCAUGACAUGAGUAUUGGAUUGGAUAAAUAUUAUUCUGAAGGUGCUAAUAUAUGUUCGGUGGAGAAGGUUUCUGGAUGGAAUGAGAAUGCCCCCCUGCUAGGAUCACAGUUGGGAAACAAUUCUGAAAAUUUGUGGAAGGAUAAUUGCAUUGGUAAUUUUGAAGCUCGUGGAUUUGAUGCUGUCAUGGGAAAUGAAGGUCCAUCUUCAACUAUGGAACCAGAGGAUAACUGUACUGAGAAACAAAUCCAGAGAAGAGGAAAGCUGCUCCGAGUUCUCCAAUAUUCCUUGGAGUCCUUAUAUGCUCAUAUGAUUACAGUUGAGCAAUUGAUUGAUAUUUUCCCCCACUCUGGCUCCUCCAUCCAUUUAAAGGCCGAGGUGACACUGAUGGUUGACGAGUGCACUAAAGACGCUUUGUUACAUAAUAUGGAGGAGUCUGCUUGUAUAUUAAUCUCUUGGGGCAAUCAGCCCAUUCUAGAUGCCAAUGGCUCCUCCAUCCAUUUCAAGGCCGAGGUGACACCGAUGUUCGGUGAGUGCACUAAAGACGCUUUGUUACAUAAUAUGGAGGAGUCUGUUAUUAUAUUAAUCUCUUUGGGCAAAUACCCCAUUCUAGAUACCAAGAGUAGAAGACCUAUUGUUGUUAUAAAUGUGUUGUCCUAUUUUGAAAUGGUUUUAGCUAAAUUGUGGAUGAUUUUUGCAAUGCUAUCCUGUUUAACUAUAGUAUGCUUGUCUGUAUGGUUUUAUCUUCUUGUCGAGUUUAAGCCUGUUUUUUUAUUGGCUCAGAUAUGUCACCUUUCUACACUUGUUUGUGUGUUUAAUCUUUUAAUUGAGUUUAAGUCCUUUCUUACUAAAUUUGUUAGGAUAUGCGUCCUACCUCCAUAAACUGAUCUGUUCAAUUUAGUCGCUUCUGAUAUCGGCUUUAUCCACUUUUAUGAUCUGUCAAUAGUUAAAGUGUAAGAUAAGUUGAUCGCAAAGAGAAGAAACGUAA